GUUUUCUCGUCGUCAUUUAGCACUGAACACUCACAGUGUGUACGUAUUAUUGACAGAAUGUCAAGGGUUGCUGCAAUUCUUUUGCUGGUUGCACUGCUCGCUGCGAUUGCAGUUGCAUUCCCGUCGUCUGAUCAGCAACCACAAGGUCUUAAAAGAAUAGUCAGAGCUGCAUAUCGUGGCGGUGGCGGCGGUUUCGGUGGCGGUUUCGGUGGUGGUUUCGGUGGCGGUGGUUAUGGAAGAGGUCAUCGAGGAUACGGAGGAUGUGGAGGAGGAUGCGGUGGUCGAGGUGGAUACGGCGGUGGUGGCGGCUCAUGGGCCAACAGCGGUGCCAAAUCUGGUUCUAUAAGCUCGCCGUUCGGCAGUGCUUCGUUCGCAAAGUCGUUUGCUACUUCCGGCUCCCGUGGAUGGGGACGAUAAAAUUGGAUCUACAAAAGUGACCACUGUUUUAUUGAUUAUCUAUACGCGUAUUGUAAUGUGUGUGUACGCUUGUUUUUGUGUAUAAUAAAGUUAUUUAAGAAA